AGAAGAAAGAAAAAAUAAAGCCCAAGUCACGGGCGAUUCUUUGUCGUCGUCCAACACUUUCCUCUUCGUUCGUCGCCGGAGAAAUCUUGUCGACCGGUUUUUUGAAGAUGGAUAUAAUAUCACAGUUGCAAGAACAAGUGAAUUCGAUUGCUGCUAUCACUUUCAAUGCUUUUGGGACACUCCAACGGGAUGCUCCUCCUGUCCAGCUUUCACCUAAUUACCCUGAACCACCACCUGCUGCAACUACGGUUACUGAUGAGGCUACCCCUUUUCCUGAGCAACCUAAGCAGCUUAGUGCCGGUUUAGUUAAGGCUGCUAAACAGUUUGAUGCUUUGGUUGCUGCACUUCCUUUGUCAGAAGGUGGUGAAGAAGCUCAGCUCAAAAGAAUCGCUGAACUUCAGGUGGAGAAUGAUCUUAUUGGUCAAGAACUCCAGAAGCAACUUGAGGCUGCAGAGAAGGAGCUAAAGCAAGUCCAGGAGCUGUUUGGACAAGCUGCAGAUAACUGUCUGAACAUGAAGAAACCUGAAUGAAAUGAUUGACCUUUAUGUCAAGCUGACUCAGAAACAAUAUGAUCUGGUUCAGCAACAAUUAGUUUUUAGGUUGAGAAUGAAUAUCAAUUCGGAUUUGAGUCACCAAAAACAUUGUUGCGGAAUCAAUUACAAGAAUGUUAUUUAGCUCUUUAA